CUCCCUCCACACACAAUCCGCGUUGCAAAACAACACACACUGCGAAAACAAACCAAACACUCGCAAAGCGGCGUUGAGGUUGAGCCAUGGCGACACAGCCUCCGACCUCUUCGAACGCCUUCUCGUUCCUCUCAAAGGGCUGGCGCGAGGUGCGUGACUCGGCGGACGCGGAUCUCCGCCUCAUGCGGGACAGGGCGAACUCGUUCAAGGACCUAGCGACGUCGUUUGACCGCGAGCUCGAGAACUUCUUCAAUUCAGCGGCGCCGCCGUUCGCGGUGCCUGCCAUGCGCUCUCCGCCGCCGAGGGAGAUCGAAUUCGUGAAGAGUCUGCGGCCGAAGUUGUCGGAGAUUCGGAGAGCGUACUCGUCCCCCGAUUUCAGCAAGAAGGUUCUGGAGAAAUGGCGCCCUAGGACGCGAAUUCGAAUCGACCUUUCCGCUAUAAAGAACGCUAUCGUGUCAGAGGAGGAUGAGGGAAUUGUGGAUUUCGGGAAGAGGGGGAAGAGGUUGAGUUUCUGGGAAGAGUGGAAAGGCGAGGGCGAGGGCGAAUCAAGGGAUUGGGAACCGAUUCGAGCCUUGAAGGCACGGCUCAAGGAGUUUGAGAAGCGUGGUUCGUCUUUUGAUGCUUUCAAGAACAGUGAAUUUCUGGAGAAAGUCAAGUCUAGUUUGAAAUCAAUGUGCAAGGAACCUGAGGAGUCAAAGGAUGUGCCACCAUUGGAUGUACCUGAACUUUUGGCCUACUUUGUAAAACAGUCCGGGCCAUUUUUGGACCAACUUGGAGUGAAAAGAGACAUAUGUGACAAGAUAGUAGAAACCUUGUAUAGCAAACGCAAAAACCAUCUUCUACUGCAUUCCCUCUCUGGGGAAGAAUCUUCUGUUCUUGGGAAUGGAAAUGUAAAUGAUGAAUUGGAUAUGCGAAUAGCAAGUGUCCUUCAGAGCACAGGGCACCGGUAUGAUGGCGGAUUCUGGACAGACCAUGGAAAGCACGAUCCAUCAGACAAUGAAAGACAUGUUGCAAUAGUCACAACAGCUAGUCUUCCUUGGAUGACUGGAACAGCAGUAAACCCACUAUUUCGAGCUGCAUAUUUAUCACAAUCUGCAAACCAGAAAGUCACUCUGCUGGUUCCAUGGCUUUGUAAAUCAGAUCAAGAACUAGUUUAUCCCAGCAAUGUCACUUUUACUUCACCAGAAGAACAGGAACUUUAUAUACGUAACUGGCUUGAGGAUAGGAUUGGUUUUAAGGCAGAUUUCAAAAUUUCUUUUUAUCCUGGGAAGUUUUCGAAAGCAAGACGGAGUAUAAUACCUGCUGGAGAUACUUCUCAAUUUAUACCAUCCAGGGAUGCUGACAUUGCUAUUCUGGAAGAACCAGAACAUUUGAAUUGGUAUCAUCAUGGCAAGCGUUGGACAGACAAAUUCAAUCAUGUUGUUGGUAUUGUCCACACAAAUUACUUGGAAUACAUCAAGAGGGAGAAAAAUGGGGCACUCCAGGCAUUCUUUGUGAAACACAUAAACAACUGGGUUACAAGAGCAUACUGCCAUAAGGUUCUUCGUCUAUCGGCUGCUACUCAGGAUUUACCCAAGUCUGUGAUUUGCAAUGUUCAUGGUGUGAAUCCCAAGUUCUUAAAAAUUGGAGAAAAGAUUGCUGCAGAGAGGGAGCUUGGGCAGAAAGCCUUUACAAAAGGGGCAUAUUUCUUGGGAAAGAUGGUAUGGGCAAAGGGAUAUAAGGAGUUGAUAGAUUUAUUGGCAAAGCAUAAGGGCGACCUUGAUGGCUUCAAGUUGGAUGUAUUUGGAAAUGGAGAGGAUGCUAAUGAAGUUCAGAGUGCAGCUAGAAGGUUGGAUUUGAAUCUCAACUUUCAGAAAGGAAGAGAUCAUGCGGACGAUUCUCUUCAUGGGUACAAAGUCUUUAUAAAUCCAAGUAUUAGCGAUGUGCUAUGCACAGCUACAGCUGAGGCACUUGCCAUGGGCAAAUUUGUAGUUUGCGCUGAUCAUCCAUCAAAUGAGUUCUUCAGGUCAUUUCCCAAUUGUUUGACUUACAAUUCAUCUGAAGAUUUUGUGGUAAAAGUAAAAGAAGCAUUAGAAAAUGAGCCUUUUCCUCUAACUCCUGAGCAAAGAUAUCAACUUUCCUGGGAGGCUGCUACUCAAAGAUUUAUGGAAUAUUCCGAGCUUGACAAAAUUCUGAACAAGGAAAAUAAUGGUGAAAAGUCAAGCGCAGAUAAUAGAAAGCUCAUUGCUAAGUCAACAUCAAUGCCUAAUCUGACAGAAGUGGUAGAUGGAGGCUUAGCAUUUGCUCACUAUUGUCUCACUGGGAAUGAAUUCCUGAGAUUAUGUACAGGAGCAAUACCCGGGACACGUGACUACGAUAAGCAGCACUGUAAAGACCUUCAUCUCUUGCCCCCACAGGUAGAAAAUCCUAUCUAUGGCUGGUGAAUGGAUUGACCUGUUUGAAUUUGUAGUGAAGGGAAAUUCGUCACUCCAGAUUAUGACUAGCAGUUCUGGAAAAACCAUCUUCUCAUAUGCCUGUAGGUAGAAAAAUUUAUAGAUGGUUGGUGAAUAGAGUUAGUAGUUUGAAUUUGUAGUUUCUGCUUUGUUUUACAGUUUGUAUUAGGUGCCUACUAAGUUUUCAAUCCUUAAAUUUUGUAGUUCUUUUUGUUUUUGUAAGUACCAAAACACGUGUAGAAAGUGAAUGUAAAGUUGUAUGGCCAAAAAUAGAACGUCCUCCCACGUAAGUUCUGGGAAUAAGCUGUAACGAAUAUGCAUCGGUUUAACAUGGAAUAAAUUGUUCAGUAUGUUAACCUCGA